CCGCGCGGGGCUCUGCGGGCCGGCUCCAUCGGCUCUCUCGGCCCUGUGCGCUCCCUCGGCCCUGCCGCCCCUCCGAGCUGGGCUGGGCCGGGCCGGGCCGCCGCGGCCAUGAGCUACGAGCACCGCCGGGACUGGGGCCGCGGGCGCGGCGGCGAUGGCGGCUCGGGCUCCGGCGGCCCCUCGGCGGGCGGGCCCGGCGGGCGCGGCGGGCGCGGGCGGCACCCGAGCCACCUGAAGGGCCGCGAGAUCGGGCUGUGGUACGCGCGGAAACAGGGCCAGAAGAGCCGCGACACCGACCGGCAGCAGAGAGCCGUCGUGCGCAUGGACGAGCGCAGGGAAGAGCAGAUCGUGCAGCUCCUGAAUUCCGUCCAGGCUAAGAACGACAAAGAGCAAGAAUCCAUGUCCUGGUGGUCCGGGGAUGAGGAAAGCCCUACAGAACAGCCUGUGAAGGUGAAACCAGAUGCUGAAAAGGCUCCUGUAAGACGGAGACCGGCCUUGGAAAAAACAUCCCUGGAUCGGGAUGUGGAAUAUCUCUUUGAAAAAAAUGAGCAGGAUACUGAUUUAGAUGAGCAGCUUAAAGAAGACUUAAGGAAGAAGAGAUCUGAUCCCAGAUAUAUUGAAAUGCAGAGGUUUCGAGAGAAACUCCCCUCCUAUGGCAUGAGAGAGGAGCUCGUGAACCUGAUCAACACCAACCGUGUGACUGUGAUCAGCGGGGAGACGGGCUGUGGGAAGACGACGCAGGUGACGCAGUUCAUCCUGGACGACCACAUCGAGCGCGGGAAGGGCUCCACGUGCCGCAUCGUCUGCACCCAGCCCAGGAGGAUCAGUGCCAUCUCCGUGGCUGAGAGGGUGGCUGCUGAGAGGGCAGAGGCCUGUGGCAGUGGCAAGAGCACGGGGUACCAGAUCCGCCUGCAGAGUCGGUUGCCAAGGAAACAAGGUUCAAUUCUGUACUGUACCACGGGAAUUGUCCUCCAGUGGCUCCAGUCCGACAAGCACUUGUCCAGCAUCAGUCACGUAGUCCUUGAUGAAAUCCACGAAAGAAAUCUUCAGUCAGAUGUUUUAAUGAGCAUUAUUAAAGAUCUGCUAAAUAUUCGACUGGAUCUGAAAGUCAUACUAAUGAGUGCUACUCUAAAUGCAGAGAAGUUUUCCGAGUACUUUGACCACUGUCCAAUGAUUCACAUCCCUGGGUUCACUUUCCCGGUGGUGGAAUAUCUGCUGGAAGAUGUAAUUGAGAAGUUGAGGUACAGCCCCGAGGGCACGGAGCGGCGGCCGCGCUGGAAGAGGGGGUUCCUGCAGGGCCACGUGAGCCGGCCCGACAAGGAGGAGAAGGAGGAGAUCUACCGGGAGCGAUGGCCCGAGUACCUCAGGCAGCUCAGGGGCAGGUAUUCAGCAAGCACUAUUGAUGCCCUGGAAAUGAUGGAUGAUGACAAGGUGGACCUUGACCUCAUAGCAGCUCUGAUCAGACACAUCGUGCUGGAAGAGGAGGAUGGUGCAAUUCUGGUGUUUCUGCCAGGCUGGGACAACAUCAGCACUUUGCACGAUCUCUUGAUGUCACAAGUCAUGUUUAAGUCAGAUAGGUUUAUUAUCAUACCUUUGCAUUCACUGAUGCCUACUGUUAACCAGACUCAGGUGUUUAAGAAGACCCCACCAGGAGUAAGGAAAAUCGUGAUUGCAACCAACAUUGCAGAGACCAGCAUCACAAUCGAUGACGUCGUGUUUGUGAUAGAUGGGGGCAAAAUAAAGGAGACUCACUUUGACACCCAGAACAACAUCAGCACCAUGGCAGCAGAGUGGGUGAGCAAAGCCAACGCCAAGCAGAGGAAGGGCCGGGCAGGAAGAGUUCAGCCAGGCCACUGCUACCAUCUGUACAAUGGGCUGCGUGCCAGCCUGCUGGAUGAUUAUCAGUUACCAGAGAUCCUGAGGACACCCUUGGAGGAACUCUGCUUACAAAUCAAGAUCCUGAAGCUUGGUGGAAUUGCCUAUUUUCUGAGCAAACUGAUGGACCCACCAUCUCGUGAUGCUGUCAUGUUGGCCAUAAAUCACCUCAUGGAGCUGAAUGCUCUGGACAGGCAGGAGGAGCUGACUCCCCUGGGUGUCCACCUUGCACGGCUGCCAGUGGAGCCCCACAUUGGGAAGAUGAUCCUCUUUGGGGCCUUGUUCUGCUGCCUGGACCCCGUGCUCACCAUUGCAGCCAGCCUCAGCUUCAAGGACCCCUUUGUCAUCCCUCUGGGCAAAGAGAAAGUUGCAGAUGCAAGAAGAAAGGAGCUGUCAAAGAACACGAAAAGCGACCACCUGACUGUGGUGAAUGCUUUCACUGGCUGGGAAGAGACUCGGCGUCGUGGCUUCAGGACUGAGAAGGACUAUUGCUGGGAGUAUUUCCUGUCCUCCAACACCCUGCAGAUGCUGCACAACAUGAAGGGGCAGUUUGCUGAGCACCUCCUCGCAGCUGGGUUUGUGAGCAGCAGAGACCCCAAGGAUCCCAAAUCCAACACCAACUCGGAUAACGAGAAGCUGCUCAAAGCCGUCAUCUGUGCUGGCCUCUAUCCCAAAGUGGCAAAGAUCCGGCCCAGCUUCAGCAAAAAGAGAAAAAUGGUGAAAGUUUGCACCAAGACAGAUGGAUCAGUUAAUAUUCAUCCCAAAUCAGUUAAUGUGGAGGAAACCGAGUUCCAUUAUAACUGGCUCGUGUACCAUCUGAAGAUGAGGACCAGCAGUAUUUACCUGUAUGACUGUACAGAGGUGUCUCCGUACUGCCUCCUGUUCUUUGGAGGGGAUAUAUCCAUCCAGAAGGAUAAGGACCAGGACACCAUCGCUGUGGAUGAGUGGAUUGUUUUCCAGUCUCCAGCAAGAAUAGCACACUUGGUGAAGAAUCUAAGACAAGAACUUGACGAUCUUCUACAAGAAAAAAUUGAAAACCCGCACCCCGUGGACUGGAACGACACGAAAUGCAGGGACACGGCCGUGCUGACAGCGAUCAUAGACUUGAUCACCACGCAGGAGAACGAGGGGCUGCGCAACUACGCCCCGCGCUUCCAGGGCGAGCGCUGCAGCUGACACACCGGGGCUGCCCCGCACACAGCAGAGCCACCUUUUUUAUCAUAGCAUUUCUUUAGCUAGAGGAAACACUUUUCUAGGGUAAGCUGGCAUUUUCCUCAUCCUGAAGAGCAGUUCCUUGGGUAGUUGGCAGUGUCUGUAUAUGCAUGUGUUCUGUGUCCAGUGUAGCUCCUGAAGUGAGGGAAGGGCACUGUUGGGUCAUGUAUGGUUCUUGUCCUGACGUAGCUGUUUUUGUUGGGUUUUUACCCACCAGGUAAGAGAUAUUUGAAAAGCCUGCUAAAAUACUGCUUAGUAAUACCUAAACUGUUCUUGCUGCUGGAGAAACAUCUCAAAAGACUUUUUUUUUUUUUAAUUGGGGGUGGUGAGUAAUUACAGUGGCUGUGUUAUUCCAGCUGUGCAGCAGUCUGCUCACCAGCACUUCCACAGAAGGUAAUUACAGCUUAAUUAAUCUAAACUUGAAAACACUUGUUAAAUUUGUACUGUGGGAGGAAACAAUCUUCAGAAAUAUUCUCUUCUUCUGCCUUUCAUCCCAUUCAAUUAAUCUUUAUUCAGUCCCCAUCCAACCUCACUACUGGCAGAAAUUGCAGCUUACAGGAAGUAUGGUUAGAUAAAAGGCACGGUGGAAUAUGCUUUAAGGUUCGUUGCAUUCGAGUUUUUUGAUUUUUUUUUUUUUUAAAGUCCAUGUAAGGGUUAUAUUAUUACAUUAAAAGUCUUUUCUUUAAAGUGCUAUUUCAUCUGUUCUCAAUGUUUUGAAUGUUAUUCUGUUUUGAAUAAUUUCCAGCUAUGGAAGAACAUUUGAAUAACAAAGCUUGUUUAGGAUUUUGAGGUUUAUCCUCAAGAAAUGAAGCUCUUGUGUUGCCUUUUAUUUGCCUGGAAAUAUAACUCUUCUCUCUUCUGUGGGGUUUUGGGGUUUUUUUCUGUGCAAAAAUGACUUUGGAUCAUCAAGCUUGGGAGGAUUUAUGUGCUUUAUCCUGAAGAAAACAGCAGAUCAGGUGAAAUUAAUUUAUUUUUUUUUUAACAGAAGUAAGUCGAACUUAGUGACUAGAAGGUGCUUCCCAUUGGGUUAACAAGGGAUGGAGGAUGUCAGGCUCAUUGUUUCCCCCCACAGCUGAAAAUAAUGCAUAGUUUAACCUCCCUCCUGCCAACCGUUUUACCCCCAGGUGUUCUAGAUAAUGAAGGGGGGGAAGAACAUCCUGCCUUGGGGGUCCUGGGUGCACAAGGGAGUUGGAGGGAGAAGCAGCACGGUGGCUGCAGGGAGUGGGGAAGAGCCGGGCCGGGAGGGCUGUGAGAGGUGUGGAAGAGCCAGACCGUGAGGGCUGUGAGAGGUGUGGAAGAGCCGGGCUGGGAGGGCGGCUUGGAAGACAAGCUGCGCCGAGAGCAGGGAACAAUGGUGCUGCUGGAGGUGAGCCCUGGAAUCAAAGUGGGGGGAAAUAGGGGUUAAAUUACUGAUAAUUGUGUGGAAAAAGGAAUGAAAUGAAUUCCAGAGUGUAAUUUCGGUGCUGGGGACAAGGGCUGUCGUGCCAGGGAGGAGCGAGCAAGAUGGCGGCGCGGGGAAGGAGGAGGGAACAAAAUGGCGCCCGGCGCUGAGGGGCAGCGCAGCAGGGGCUGGUGGCACCAGUGAGCCCAGUGUCAGUGUGUGAGUGUGGGGCAGGAACUACAGCUCAGCAGAGGGUCCCACUGCAGACUGGAUUUAUUGAUGAAAGGUUAGUGGUAAUGCUGUUACUGGCAGUGCUGGAUUAAAAAUCGUGAAAAUACAGGCUGGCACGUGGUACCUGCUUUAUUCUCCUUGUCCGUUGUUUUUGCAGUACUUAAAUGAUGGUUAAAUUUUUAAUUAAUAACAGAAAGAGCAAAAGGAAAUGGUAGCAGAAGCAGAGCCUGGGUGAGAAUGGCAGCGAUGUUUGAAGGAAGGUGCCUGUUCUCUCAGACCCUGCAUUUGGAACGAUCCGGGCCAGGCAGCCCAAGGGCCACCCCAGAAGGGACACACCUGAGGGUCACGGGCUGGGGCAGUCACAUCUGUGCUUAGGAAGUGUCUAAUGUCUAAAUAAUGAUGCUGACUGUGCUUGAAACAUAGCUUAACGUCCUUUUAAGUGGAAAAGUAUCAGAAACCUUUGUUCUUUGAGUUUGAGCCUGUUCCAAAUGCCAGGUGAGCUGGUUUGUGCUGGGAUAGUUUUCCUCACUAGUGUGUCUGGUGCUGUGUUUGGAUUUGUGAUGUAAAUACCAUUAUUCCAGGUAUGAAGUUUUGAUAAAAAUCAUUUGCAGACUACAGCAGAUAAAUCCUUGGAUUUCCUCCAUCUUGGUGUCAAAAUUUAUUCUAGAUUUAUUUCCAGCACUUGUGUUCUGUCCACUUGUUUUCCCUACGUGUGUUACUUUAGGAACAGAAAAUACAGGUCCAGAGUGUAAGGGACAUGCCUGUGAGUGAUGCUGAGCACAGGCUGUGCUCUGUCAGGGUGUGUAGGUUGACUAAAGUGUGCUAUUUUUACCUUUUUAUUUUCAGCAAAUUAGCUUUGCAUAAUGGGAACAAAUGUACUCCUUGCCAUGGCAGUCAAGAACAGCACUGCAUUACAGCAUGUCUUAAAAGUUCAGCAGAUAAAAAUAUUUAUUAUGUUGUAGGGCUGAUAUAAAGAAGCAGAAAAGAAUAACUGUUCCUUAUGUGUGUCACAAGUAGGAGAUGCUGAGACAGGCUGGAGUCAGGUGGGCACUGGAUUUCUGAGCAGGUGCUGGGUGGCCCUCAGGAGCCCACAGACACACCUGGGCACCUCAACUUUGAAUCAGGGAACAGAGAGCAUUUUGUUUUUUAAGCAUUUUAGUUGCUUAAAACCUGGCUCUAGAAGUCAGAAGGAAGGGGUGCACAUUCCAGGCCUUCCAAAAAUGAGAGUUUUAAUUUUACAGUAACAAACUCCCACCUCUAUUCUGUCACUGCUGGGUGCUUAAUUGAAAACGAGAUACUGGUGUCAAGUCCACCUCUAAUUAAAAAGGAGAUGCAGGAGAGCACGUGUGUCUGUGCAUGUGCAGAGUGCACAGGGUGUGAAAGUGCUGAGUUUUUUGGAUCACACUCUUUGUAAUUAGAAGUUCUCAUCGUUUAGCUCCAACUUGCUCUAAAUUACUUUUUUUUUGCUAAUGAAAAUAUUGUGCAGUUGCUGUAAGGGAAAAAAACCAACCCCAAACCCCUGAGGUUUUGAAAACUUGUUUAUACAAAUGUUCAGAUAAAUUGCUUUUUAUGCCUUAAAUUUCUAAGCUCUCUUUAAGCUACGCUGGAAUUUAGAGUGCAAGUCCAAGGCAGCACUAGUAGAGCAAUCACCCUGUGUGCCACCCCCAGGUAAGGUGUGCAUUGUAACUAAUGCCACCUUGAAAAUGUGAUUUAACCCUGGGUCAGCCCUGCAGUGGUUGGACCAGGCGAGUGGUGCAGGUCCCUUCCCCCGAACUGUGGCCAAAUUAUAGAAAGCAGAGGUAACUGAAGGCUCUUUUUCCAUCUCCUGCUUCUCGUUAGCCAUCAGCUGUUCUCCCAGGCCUGUGAUCUACACCAUGGCUUCAAGGCCACACAGGUAAAUUGGAUCUGUGGCAGAUGAAGUAGGACACAGGAUGGUGCUAUUUAUCUUUACAGAACAGGAAUAGUUGAAAUGUGACAGCUUCCCAAAGAGUUUUCUUUGACAGGAAUGACAUUAAACAACUGGCAUUUUAAUUCACGCCAUUAAAAAAAAUUCAAAGCUUUUUUUAGUAAGGAUUUAAAAGCAUUUUAUUGAUUGUUGUCCUAUAAAAUCAGAGAAGUCUUUAAUUCCUGAAGAACUGUGUCCAACGAUAGGAAAAAUGAAAAAUGUCUUUAAAAAACAUUACAGCAUUUUUUGAAAAACUAGGUAUGAAAAAUAUAUACAAGGUAUUAAAAAAUCUGAAUAAAAUUAAUGCCUGGAUUUAUACAUUCAGUUAUGUGUUAAACAUCUGCCUGUGUACAAUAAAUUUGUUAAAACAGUA